AAAACUUAGACUUAUUUUUUUGGGUUUUGUUUUUUUACCAGUGAAAUUUAUACUGGGGCAGUGCAGAUCAACACUGGAGCACAUGGCCCAUUGAAAUACGUCUGGCGACGCCCAUGCCGCAGCUACUAAAUUAAAGUAUGGACUGCAAAACAAGCUAGAGGGCACCUUUCAGUUCAGUUGGCUUGAAAAUCCAUUCAUAUGUGUUGAAAACAGCAAGCCUAUAGUAUUAAAUAAGUUAACAGCAAUGCUGGGAGACAUUAUGCCUGUCAGGCAUGUGACAGUCACCGUGAUAUGAGGUUCUCCAUUCAUUUCUUUAACACUUACAGUAUGACCUCUACGUUCACACAACCAUAGAAUGAUAGCGGAGAACAAUGGAUAUGUGUCCCUCCCUUCAGUGAGCCGUAAUUCCCAUCAGUGGGAAAGUCAGUAGGAGGGAUGAGGUAUGCUCACAUCACAACAGAGGACACGCACACACACAAAACCAAUGAGGGUGACAACAAGGGAGGAGGGAACAGAAGAAAGUGAAGAAACAAAAGAAGGCCUAAAAAGAAAAAGGUAGCAAUGUGAAGGUUCGUCACACCAUGUUUCAGAGGAGGAGAAGCUUCACGUUUGGAGCGUAUGGAGGAUCAGAGAAGAGUGCUUACAAGACAAGAGCCUUCUUCUGAGAAAUAGGCCCCAGUCGAGCUCAGCCAGCGUGCAGCCGAGGCUCCACAUGUCCGAGGCUGUGGUACAACACUUGCCAAGCAGACGCUCCGGAGCCAUGUACGCUAGUGUCUGAUUGGUCGGCCGACCUGCGGGAGGUUAAAACAGAUUGGGUGUCUCCACCAGCCUUAACGUAAAAUGUCUGCAAAUGGUUUUACUGGGCUCAUAUCUCACCAUCUAGUAGUCUCACCUCUGAUAAAGAUGCUCCCGCCGAAGUCACUUACUGCUGCAUUGUUUUCCUUGUCCAAUAGGAUAUUUUCCUUAAAUAAUCCAAGAGUGUCAUUAAAGUUCGGGACUAAUGAUACCCAGUUCGAUUGUGUCAAAUUAUUCAUGUUGCCUUCAAUUUAGAUAUGGCGAGGUUACUGCAUGUUAAAAUGGUUUAGGCUGUCCAUGUAGAAUGAGUUCCACAGGGCUCCAUCCAUGAUCCCAGGUUAUUUAAAUAACAUUAGUGUUUAGGUAAGAUCAUACUUUAUUUUUUUUAAUCCUGAAAUAAAUUGAUUAUUGCUCAUUUACGGGUUUGGUCAGUAACACGUCAAUACAUAGCCAAAAUAUAGAUUCUUCUCUCAUGGAGAUGUUUUGCAAUUUCUUGCUUUGAUUCAGUUCAAAGAUAAGUCACUUUUGUUUAUGACUACAAAAAUACUUCGUAAUGGACAGAUUCUGUCUUUGGAGCCAUCUUGUUUACUGGUGGUGGUGCUUAAUAAAGAACACAUUUGUCAGAAAAAAAAGUAGUAUUACAAGAUAUGUGUCUGGUUUAUUCUGUUGACAGGGCCAUGAAGUCUUAAUGGAAGCACGAUGGAAGGAUCCCUCGCAUCCCUGAUGAAGUAGAGCGCUCACUCCAAUAUUCCGGUCCACUGCUGCCUCUUCCCGCUAUCUCGCAGGGUUGCAGGAUGGACGAGCAGAGAUGCCCCCUCCCUCCACCCCUGAAAACAGAAGAGGACUACAUCCCCUAUCCCAGCGUUCAUGAGGUUCUUGGUCGCAGUAGCCCAUUCCCACUUAUCCUACUGCCCCAGUUUGGAGGCUACUGGAUUGAGGGGACCAAUCAUGAGCCUCGAGAGACUCCGGAGACAGAGCAACCUAUAUGCCCCAACUCUUAUGUCAAGCUAGAGACCAAUAGCACCGCCAAGAUCUACAGGAAGCAGUUCAUGGGCAAAGAGCACUUUAAUUACUACACCAUAGACACCGCCCUGGGCCACUUGGUCUUCUCAUUAAAGUACGAUGUCAUCGGGGAUCAGGAGCAUCUGUGCUUGAUGCUGCGCUCCAGGCUAAGAACCUACCAUGAUGUCAUUCCCAUUUCCUGCCUCACAGAGUUCCCAAAUGUUGUACAGAUGGCUAAGCUUGUGUGUGAAGAAGUAAACGUGGAUCGCUUUUAUCCAGUUCUCUACCCAAAGGCUUCACGCCUCAUUGUUACGUUUGACGAGCACGUGAUAAACAACAAUUUCAAGUUCGGGGUUAUUUAUCAAAAGUUUGGUCAGACCACAGAGGAAGAAGUCUUCGGGAAUAUGGAGGAAAGUCCGGCUUUCGUAGAGUUCUUGGAGUUUCUAGGCCAGAAGAUUGAACUGCAUGAUUUUAAAGGAUUUCGAGGAGGCCUCGACGUCACCCACGGCCAAACAGGGACGGAAUCAGUUUACACCAACUUUCAUGGCAAGGAGAUCAUGUUCCACGUCUCCACUAAGCUGCCUUACACUGAGGGUGACUCACAGCAGCUGCAAAGGAAAAGACACAUAGGCAAUGACAUUGUCGCCAUCGUAUUCCAAGAAGAGAACACACCCUUUGUACCCGACAUGAUCCAGUCCAACUUCCUGCACGCCUAUGCGGUGGUCCAGGUAGAGGACGCGUGUACAGAUAAUGUCACCUACAAGGUGUCAGUGACGGCAAGAGACGACGUGCCCUUCUUUGGGCCAGCUCUGCCUGACCCGGCCAUCUUCAAAAAGGGCCCAGAACUUCGCGAGUUUCUAUUCACCAAGCUCAUCAACGCUGAGUAUGCUUGCUACAAGGCGGAGAAGUUCGCCAAGCUGGAGGAGCGCACACGUUCAGCCCUUUUGGAGACACUGUACGAAGAGCUGCACAUCAACAGCCAGGCCAUGAUGGGCCUAGGUGGGGACGAAGAUAAGCUGGAGAACGGCGGCGGUGGAGGAGGAGGCGGCUUCUUCGAGUCGUUCAAGCGGGUCAUCCGCAGCAGAAGCCAGUCAAUGGAUGCCAUGGGACUCAGUAGCAAGAAGUCACACACAGUCUCCACUAGUCAUAGUGGCAGCUUUACCCACAAUCUGGCCGAGAGCCCCAAAACACCCGGCAUUUCAUUGCUCGUGCCGGGGAAAAGUCCCGGUAAAUACGGCCGGCGAGGCAGCGCCAUAGGGAUAGGAACAAUAGAAGAGUCGCUGAUCAUUCCGGGGAAAAGCCCCACCAGGAAAAAGUCAGGACCCUUCAGUUCCCGGCGGAGCAGCGCCAUCGGUAUCGAAAACAUCCAGGAGGUUCAAGAGAGGAGCCGAGACGUGUCACCGUGCAACCAAAGGACAUCCGACAGCGCCCUUGUCUCCCAGGAAAAUAGAUCGGACAACUCGUCCAAUCACAGCUCUCCUGAGUUUGCCCCUGCCAAGAACAGCUUGGUCAUGUGUUGCAGGGCGCCGUCUAUCCCGGAAGCUCAGGAUCUUUCCCGUUCCUCAUCCAAUGCCAGCAGCUUCGCCAGCGUAGUGGAGGACCACGAAGCCGACGAUGAGUACGACACUGGGCGGGAAAGUGCGUCGGCCACAACGCCACACAAGAGAGAUUCGCUAGACGAUGGGUCACUUAGUAUGAGUCAUGCUGGCUUCACAUCGUCACGACCCGAGUCGAAAGCCGCUGACGGCCGUUCCAGGUCGGAGCGCCCGCCACUGGAACACAAGUCCUCGAACUGUUAGCCACACGCCUCCGACUGACUCGCUGCAUCCACGUCCAUCAUCAGAUUUUCUUUGUGAAGGCAUCACACGUCGUUGCCUCCUCGACCGACCGGGGUGGACACGAGGUCCGUUGAACUUUCCUGAAAGUGUUCCGCUCGGAUCUGCUGGCCGUCCCAACAAGAUGUCAACUCAAGCUCGGAGGACAUAACGUCAGGUCGUCGUUGUUUCUGCUCCCAAAAAAUCUUGGGAGGCUGCGCCACUGUGUAUCAGUGAGCAAUUUCAUCCUGGUUUUCAAGAUUGAGCAUUUUGGACUGAGAGAAACUGAAAGACGGUAAUUUUUUAAUGGACUACUUUGUUUGUUGGCCUAUAGAGCAGCGGUUUGACUCGUUUUACAUACAUUGAGGAAUCAACAGCAUUCAUUACGUUGGCUUCCUUCGGGAAUGAAAGACAUCACAAGCAUUUAAUAAAACUCAACACGUCCAUAAAAAGGUACACAAUUUUAUUUAUGUAGACAAAAAAAGUCAUUUUUAAAUCGAGUACCUUGACCAGCAACAAAGCAUUUUCAACUGUUUGUGUUUGUUGUGUGAGUGCUACUGUGCAUGGUGUCCGCCUGCUUGACAAAAAACAAAUUCCUCUGGUAACACGUUAGUUGUGAUUCCUGUUUUAUUCAGUUCCGUGUGCAUUGUACAGUACGAUUUGUUUUUUUUUACUCCUAGUGUCAAAUGUUUGCGACAUAGGGUGCUUAUAGCUGGAUAUUUGAGCAUUUAUUGACAUCCUUCUAGUACACUCUUUGUUUUCACGAAUAAGUCAACACUCUAAUUGAACAGUCGUAACUUACACUAAAAUGACAUUUCUGUAUGGUAGCAGAAUGAUUAAGCUACGAUAUACAGUGAGGCAAAUAAGUAGUCAACCAUCAAUUGUGCAAGUUGUCCUACUUUAAAAGAUUAGAGAGGCCUGUAAUUGUCAACAUGGGUAAACCUCAACCAUGAGAGACAGAAUGUGGAAAAAAAACAGAAAAUUCACAUUGUUUGAUUUUUAAAGAAUUUAUUUCCAAAUUAGGGGCAGUUUACAUGGCGACACAAAGACGCAAUGACUGAGUUGCGGACUCGCCUCGCGUGGAUAUGGUGUCAGCAAAGACGAAAAAUUCCGAAUCCUGCCUCCAAAGUGGAAGAAUCCGAUUGCGGGGGGUUGAGGGGGGCUUCCUCGGCAUGCAUAUCAAAGGCUCCUGCGGCGCGAGACCGCACUGUCAACGUCAGCACUCGUACACGUCACAUUGAGCGUGCGCAGUGGUGCUACUAAACAUUAAAAACGGCAAAUAUGGCGGAAUGUCGGCUUUAAUUUACUGUUUUAAUAAUAUUUUUAUAUUAAAUAUGUUGAACGUUUCAAUUUUUGUGACUUUUUGAACAAAAGAAAAAUGACAUUGCUUCGAGUGGGUGGGGAUAUUUUUUUCCGGGCUGAGGGAGCUUGGUGGGGUCAAAGUACAUCAUUCUCUGGUGCCCAGUAAAUCUGCAUUGCCCCCUAGGGCCUGGCAUGAAUACUACAUCGUUUUCAUGCGGAAUCGCGACAUUGUUCAAAUGGAGACACAAAUGCAAAUUUGAAAUUUGUCGUAUUCUCGGAGAGUCACCAUGUAAACGGCCCCUUAGAGUGGAAAAUAAGUAUUUGGUCACCUGCAGUACAAACAAGCAAGAUUUCUGGCUGUCAAGAGGUCUAACUUCUUCUAACGAGGUCUAACGAGGCUCAACUCGUUACCUGUAUUAAUGGCACCUGUUUUAACUCAUUAUCGGUAUAAAAGACACCUGUCCACAAUCUCAGUCAGUCACAUUCCAAACUCCUCUAUGGCCAAAACCAAAGAGCUGUCGAAGGAAAAAUUGUAGACCUGCUCCAGGUUGGGAAGACGGAAUCUGCAAUAGGUAAAACGCUUGGUGUCAAGAAAUCAACUGUGGGAGCAAUUAUUAGAAAAUGGAAGACAUACACGACCACUGAUAAUCUCCCUCGAUCUGGGGCUCCAUGCAAGAUCUCACCCCGUGGCGUCAAAAUGAUAACAAGAACGGUGAGCAAAAAUCCCAGAACCACACGGGGGGACCUAGUGAAAGACCUACAGAGAGCUGGGACCACAGUAACAAAGGCUACUAUUAGUAACACAAUGCGCCGCCAGAGACUCAAAUCCUGCACUGCCAGACGUGUCCCCCUGCUGAAGAAAGUACACGUCCAGGACCGUCUGCGGUUCGCUAGAGAGCAUUUGGAUGAUCCAGAAGAGGACUGGGAGAAUGUAUUAUGGUCAGAUGAAACCAAAAUAGAACUUUUUGGUAGAAACACAGGUUCUCGUGUUUAGAGGAGAAAGAAUACUGAAUUGCAUCCGAAGAACACCAUACCCACUGUGAAGCAUGGGCGUGGAAACAUCAUGCUUUGGAGCUGUUUUUCUGCAAAGGGACCAGGACCUGUGUAAAGGAAAGAAUGAAUGGGGCCAUGUAUCGAGAGAUUUUGAGUGAAAAUCUCCUUCCAUCAGCAAGGGCAUUGAAGAUGAGACGUGGCUGGGUCUUUCAGCAUGACAAUGAUCCCAAACACAGAGCCAGGGCAACAAAGGAGUGGCUUCGUAAGAAGCAUUUCAAGGUCCUGGAGUGGCCUAGCCAGCCUCCAGAUCUCAACCCCACAGAAAAUCUGUGGAGGGAGUUAAAAGUCCGUGUUGCCCAACGACAGCCCCAAAACAUCACUGCUCUAGAGGAGAUCUGCAUGGAGGAAUGGGCCAAAAUACCAGAAACAGUCUGUGAAAAGCUUGUGAAGAGUUACAGAAAACGUUUGGCCUCCGUUAUUGCCAACAAAAGGGUACAUAACAAAGUAUUGAGAUGAACUUUUGGUAUUGAUCAAAUACUUAUUUUAUACCAUGAUUUGCAAAUAAAUUCUUUAAAAUCAAACAAUGUGAUUUUCUGUUUUUUUUUUUUUUUUUCCACAUAGUAACAUAGUUCCACUAGUAACAUAGUUUCAGUAGACACCCUUGUUCUACUAGUGAUCUGUGAACCAUUCCAUCGAAAGCAGUCUUUUGGUUCAAAAAUGGUAAAAUUAAAAAUUUUGGCUGUCCUUAUUCUGCUAAACUGUAAAGACUUUUUAAAUAUGAUUAGAACUGAUCUGUAAGUGAAUGUUUCUGAGGUAAGCGUACGUUUUGCUUUAGAUCAAAUAUAAGCAUUUCAACUAGAGAGCGUCUUCUAUUUUUUACAAUGUGCGAAGCAUAUGCUUUCUCUGGAAAUUUAAGUCACUAGUUGUCCUAGUUAAGUGUAACUUUGUCAUUUUAUUUGUUGGUGAAAAUCUCAGUAGUGGGAGGCAGUGAAAAAUUGAGUGUUCUAUUAGGAUGCAAAUAAAUGCACAAAUGCCUUUCUAUAGGAAAUCCUCAGUUUGGUUUUUGUCAAGUAUUUUUUUGGAACUACACUGUGACUCAUGUUGAGGUUGCCUUUACAGACGAUUGUGUCGCGCUCGUUUUCCCAGAGGUUCCUGAAUGUAACACGCAAGGCACGUGAUUAGUUCAUUCAUACUUUGGAAUUUGACUUGAUGUUGAAGCUGCCCGUUUGAACCGUAGAUGGCUUGCGCCUCCUUGUGGCACAACAAUAAUAGCACAUCCAUGCGUCUGGUCUGUGCUUUCAACAGUUCAAAAAGUGCGCAGUUUUUAAAUGAUUGUAUUUUUGUUUUCGUCAGCUUGUUAAAAAGAGACUAGCUUGUAAAUAUAGUUUUGCUUUGCAUCCUCAGUGUAAAUAAAGACAGAUGUUUAAUGACGUUUAAGAAAGUGAUGUUUCCCAGUCCCAAGCAGCUCAUUUGUUUGAUCAAUUCACAUGUCUAAUUCCCACCACUUGAAGUUAAACGCUUCUCUGCGUACAUUGGAGCCACAGUGGACCUCACCCAGGAGCUGGUGGUAAGAGGCAAAAUCGUCGAUAAAGGUGCAGUUGAGUCCCAGACCCCCCAUUAGGGAGCACAUCUCCGCCUCCAGGGCACAGCGGCCGUUCACCUUGGGGCCGAAUGGUUUGGGGAUGCCCAGGUUUUGCCCCAGCACAAUCAUGUUCACCUGUAAGCAAAAGGAAUGCUUGUGAGGAACACAGCACUGGAAUGUUUGCUUGUUUUUUCUUAAUUCGUGUAACUUUAAAUGUCAAAAAAUAAUGGAAAACAUAAAACUUUAUGGACUAACCAAACUUUUCAUGAUAUUACCGUAUUUUUCGGACUAUAAGUCGCAGUUUUUUUUUCAUAGUUUGGCUGGGGGUGCGACUUAUACU